GACUGCCUUGAACUCGUCUGUUGUUGACAGAAUUUAAAAACUUGGUUGUCUACGUCUCAUUACUCCACAAUUAUGGAAAACGAAAGCACUGCCGAUGCUACAACAAGGAUGCGGCACCGAUUUUUGUUUGAGGAACUUGGCUUUGUUAAUGAAGAGAUAGUGGCGCUGAAUAUGGGAGCCCCUGGGGAGGCAGCUCUGGUAGACUCACAAGAAAUGUUGGCUAAAGCAACCGAAAAGAAACUAGCUGCCCCCAGUUCCAGGUACUUGUUCCAGUAUGGUCCCAGAGUAGGAGGUGAUGAUUAUAGAGAAGAACUGGCCAAGUUCCUCAGCCACAAUUAUCAGGACUCAUUAGACAGGGAAGACCUGGUCCUUACUGCAGGGGCAACACACGGACUAUCCCUGGUCACCACCCUUUUCUUCCAACCUGGUGACACCAUCUUUGUAGAGGACCCAACCUACUUUAUAGCCAUUAACAUGUUAAGAGAAGACUAUGGAAUGAAUAUUAUAUCAGUUCCCACUGAUGAAAAAGGAACAAAUGUUGAAGAGUUUGAAAAAAUAUUAAAAACUGAAAAAGAGAAGCAUGGCCACAAAAGGGAAUUGGGUCCCAAAAGACCAUUUUGGUCCAUGUUGUACCUCAUUCCAACAUUCAACAACCCCACAGGGAGAGUAAUGGCACCCGAUCGCUGCAUGUCCCUGAUCAAGCUUGCCAGAAAACACGAUUUGCUACUCAUGUGUGAUGAUGUUUAUAACUUGCUGACCUAUGACCCUGCAGAGCCCCCGCCACAACGCCUACUGGCCUACGACAAGAAGACCGAUCCAGAUUUCCAAGGUCAUGUUAUUUCUAAUGGGACAUUUUCAAAGAUCUUUGCUCCUGGGGUCCGCGUGGGUUGGAUUGAGGCAUCUCCACGGAUAGUAAAUUUACUUAAAGAAAGUCACACAUUACAAAGUGGAGGAGGUGUCAAUCACUGUAUGGCAGGUAUAUUGGCAGGUGCCAUGGAAACGGGGAUGAUGUCACAUCACCUAGAAAUGUUGAAGAUGAAAUAUGCAAAAAACAUGAAACAGGUGUGCAAAACAUUGAAAGAUAAAUUGCCAAAAGGAGUCGAGUUCAGUGAACCUAAGGGAGGCUAUUUCAUAUGGCUGACACUUCCUGAGAGUGUGAAUUGUGAGGAACUCGUUGAACUGUGCAAAAGGAAAUACAGACUGGAUUUCAUGCCUGGAUCAUGUGCGUCACCUAAUGCCAACUUCAAGAACUGUGCCAGGAUAUCUAUAAGCUACUUUGAAGAAGAGGUGCUCCUGUCUGCAGCUGACAGGUUGUGUCAGGCUAUGAAAGCAUACAUGGAGGGGGAGAGAUAAGCAGUGUUGACAAUGUUGACUUUGACCCCAGGUUCAGAGGGGCAGAUGGAAGCUGUCCUCUGGGUCUCCUGGGAGGUGGUCAGAAUUUUCAGGUUUACAUUGAUGAGUAUUUAAUUUUUCUGUUGGAAGACGAUCAAAAAUAGAGGAUGGAUCAACAGAGGUUAUUUGAAAGACUCAAAAAGUAUCUCUAGAUCUGCCCUGAGGUUAUGGAAUGACCUGAGAUAUGGAACUGAACCUGAAGAUUUCAUUUGUCAUUUUUUUAUGCACUGCAUAAAUAUUUGCUGUUGCCAUAUAGGUUUCAGGUAGCUGUUACAAUGUGUUGUACCAGUGUUGCACAGAAGUGAUUCUUGGUAUUUAUAGGAUAAGCAUUAAUGAUUAGUGAUGAUAUGGGUGAUGAUAUGAAUAGAAAAAUGCUAACUAAACUGUUGUUUUAGCAUAUUUCUGUUAUUAUAAUGACACAUACUUUAUGGGUAAAACUUUACAGGAUUGACAAUAAAACUAUCAUAGGUAUAUGCAAAAUAUAUGGAAUUAUUCUCCCCUUCCUGAAAAACUGUUCAAUUUAAUUUAAUUCAAUUUAAUUCCCUUCACCAUUUUUGAGUAACCUUUUGAAAUAUCUUGUCUGCUACCAAACAGGCACAAAGACAAACCAAACCUAAAAUAGAUAUAACCUUCUUUGAUGGCAGCUGCAUCUAUGCAUUGAUGGUAAACCUGUAUAAAACUUGAAAGAGGGGAAUUGAUUUACAUGGGAUCAUUUACAUGUUUACCAUUUGAGAUAAAAACUUGAAAAUUUUAUAAAUAUUGUUGAGAUUUUAUAAAAAUUGUUGAUAACAUUUUGACAAAAUGUUUUAUAUAUUGCAAAAUAUAUUUUUAAAAUAUUUUUCUGAUAAGAUCAAAUUCUUUUAGUUUCUACAAAAAAGAUUGUUAAUUUUAUAACAAAUGCAUAUCUAUUUUUUGUAGAUAUUGAUUUGUUUUUGAUUCUAAGAUAAUGUGUGCUAUAUUUAAAUAACAUUUUGAUUGUAGUAAUUAUUUUGCUAAUAAUUUUCUGUGGGCAAAAGGUUAAAGGUGUCUAAAGUAUGGUUGUAAACCUAAUAAAUUUGACAGAAUUUAAGUCUAAUGUAUUAUUUUAUUGUCUGUGAGGGAAGAGGAUGCGAUUCAUGAAGUACAUUAUGAGAUUAUGUCUUGAAUAUGAUUAAAAAAGUUUUGAGUUCAAAUUUCUU